ACUCCUCCAGUAGGUGAUGUGUCCGGCAAAGCUUCAGUUGAUCAGGCGUUUUUGAAUGAGAAUCAGCCAGCACAAAUCAGCAAAAUCAGCCAGCAAAGUGAUCUGAAUUAUUCUCGUAAUCAGUACACUUCUCAGCAACAAAUUUUACACAGUGAAGCACUUAAACCAACAAUUUUCGAGGACAGCGAAGGACUGCCAUCAUCACCACCACAACUAAUCCCUUACCGUGAACAUUCAUCAUCUAGUGAGCCAUCCGAAAUGUGCGGAGAGGAAAGUUCGCGUCAACUAUCGUGGCAAGAAGUUCCGCAACUCGCUUCCCCUUCACCUUUGACCUAUGCAUCAUUCAUUUGUACCAACACUACGCUAUAUUUCGCUCUUGAGGGCGAUGAAAUGAGUGGGGAGUGGCGGUGGAUUCAAUCCGAAAAUUAG